AUGCCCCUGCCGCCUGGCGCUAAAAGGAAGCGACCGGAGCGAACAUAUUCAGAUGAUCAGCCACAUUCUCGUCCCUCACCUCAUCGACCGGGAAAUCUCAGUCUCGCCCAGUCAACGGCGUAUCACACGUCAGGAAAUGAUCGUGACUAUAGCCAACAACGUGGAAGAGGUGGUCGGCGAUCAAGCAGAGGAGGUCGAGGCGGCAACCCUGCGUCUAGCCCAGUCCAUCAUCAAGCAGACAAACCUCCUCCUGCGACCAAGGCGCCAUUAGCCGAACGCGAGCCCAGCACGUCAAACGGCACAAUGUUCACAGCUCAGCAAGAUCCUCACGACAGCGCUGCCUUAUCUACCCCCCCGCCUGAACCUCAGCCUUACAAUUAUACCUACUUAACAAAUGCAGUUUGUGAGUCAUGGCAGACUGGGGGAAGGGAAGAUGUCCUGCGGCAGGGUCUGCAAAGUGUGCAGGAAGAAGAUGGGACACAACUCAUCGCUUUGAUGCAGGAGCUUGUCCAGACCGUUGUUUUCGGCAGGCUUAGUCCAUCAGAAGCAGGUGACCUCGUCAAACAAAUGCUUAACAGCGAGAUUGCAGAUGAAGAUAGUCAGCCGACACCACAUCCCACAGCCUUGCAAGCCGCCCUCCUGGAUUCUAUAUCUGUCGUCUUCGAGGGCAAUCCUAUGAUGCCGCUCGAUCGCCUUUCUGCAUUUGUCCUUUCAACUGAAAUAUCUCACGACUUACUACGACACGAGCUCGACGCAACUUUGCUGGAGAAAUUGGAUCUGAUCAGGAAUACAUUCAAUCGCAUGGGCAUCAGAAAGCAGACCAAUCUUCUCUACAGACAAGCGAAUUUCAAUCUUAUGAGGGAAGAGUCUGAAGGGUUCGCAAAGUUGAUGACUGAGUUGUUCACUACCAGCAGCAGCGAAGCCCCGACUGCAGAAACCGUCGAGGAUACGGUAGAAAAAGUCAAGGCUAUGAUCGGUGCAUUUGAUCUAGACGUGGGUCGAAGUUUGGAUGUCGUUCUGGACGUCUUCAGUGCCGUUCUAGUGAAGCAGUGUCGGUUCUUCGUCAAAUUCCUUCGCGCUAGUCCAUGGUGGCCUCGAUCAACAACCUCAUCCAAGAAAAUUCCAACUCUGACAGGCCUUCCAAAGUGGGCACUUCCUGGUUCUCCUGAUUGGCACCUCACAGAAGAGCAAAAACAGGUUGUUGCAGAGGAAACCCGGACUCGUGAUGAGGCUUUUUGGGCUGUGGCUCGAGAGCGAGGCCUUGAAGCUUUCUAUCUACUCGGAAAAUCACAAGUGCCGCAGGAAGUUUUGGAAAGGGCUUCAUCAUCAUCAGGCGACGAUCUACUCGCCCAGUGGAUUCGCGAAACUGGCACAUUGCCGCCAUCGGGUAAUCGAGACGCUGCACAGCUUCUGGGAUUUAAACUCCGUUUCUACUCAUCGUCGCCAGCGAGGGAUGAAACAGAUGUCCUUCCAGAUAAUCUCAUCUACCUCUCCGCUCUCCUCAUCAAGAUUGGGUUUGUCUCGCUCAAAGACUUGUACCCCCAUAUCUGGAGAACGGACGAUGUAAUGGAAGAGCUUAAAGAGCAAAAGACACGAGAAAAGCAAGAGCGAGAACGGGCUGCCAGGCCUGGAGCAGGUGCCCGGAAUGCGCUCACGGCGGCUGGGGCACUGGUAGACGAUACCUUACCUGCGCCACCUCGUCUGAAAGAGUCAGCCACACGAGCCAACACCCCAUCCAAAGAACCAGAGGCAGAUAAGGUGACCUCGAAAGAGAACGAGCCUGCGGACCAGAAAGUUCUUUUACUUAAGAGCCUGCUUGCCAUUGGGGCACUACCCGAAGCUCUCUUUAUCCUUGGUCGCUUCCCUUGGUUGAUGACACUAAUUCCCGACCUUCCAGAAUAUGUAUACCGGAUACUGCAUCACUCCUUGAGCAAAGUGUACGGGAUGGUACAACCUCUACAAGAUCGUCCAAGUCUCCGGAACCAGAAACCCAGCUAUGAGACCGACGUCCCGGGUGUCCCGAAAGGACAGGUCAAAGUUGUGGAAACAGCCGAGAGAAAGGUACUCCGAUGGGCUCAGCUGGACAAAAAUGAUAGCCUCGACGGCACUGAUUAUCGGUUUUAUUGGGAUGAGUGGAACGACAAUAUCCCAGUCUGUCAAACUGUCGAAGAUGUCUUUACACUUUGCGAUACUUUGCUACCCCUCGUUGGCGUCAAGAUCGGACAAGACUCAGGCCUUCUCCUUAAGAUAGCCCGGAUUGGAAAGCAUAACCUACAGGUUGACAAAAGCGAGUCUACCCGAUCUCGAUGGCUGGAUCUGGUCAAGCGCACUCUCCUACCAUCGCUGAGCUUGACCAAAUCAAAUGCGGGUGUGGUCAACGAGGUCUUUGAGCUAGUCAGCACUUUCCCGGUGAAUGUCCGCUAUCUGAUGUACCUCGAAUGGUCAUCUGGAAGAACCUCUCGCAACCCCGACGUCAAAUCAGCGUUUGAUCAAGCCAGGGCUGAGACCAAGGAUAUACUGAAACGGAUAUCCAACACCAAUGUACGCCCGAUGGCGAGAGCCUUGGCUAAGAUUGCCUUUGCCAACCCACAUAUCGUGAUUACCACUGCACUAACUCAGAUCGAAGUAUACGACAGCAUCGCUGAAGUGUUCGUCGAAGGUGCACGGUAUUUCACGGAUCUAGGUUAUGAUGUUCUCACUUGGGCUAUUGUAAGCUCAAUGGCAAGGACUGGAAGAAACCGUACUCAGGAGGGCGGCAUCUUCGCGAGUCGCUGGCUUUCAGCGCUUGCAGUGUUUGCAGGGAAGAUUUACAAACGAUACGGCAUGAUGAAGCCUGGUCCAAUAUUACAGUACGUUGCCGAACAACUUGAGCAUGGUAAUACAAUGGACCUCAAGAUGCUGGAACAGAUUGUACUUUCCAUGGCUGGAAUUGCAACUGACACGAGUUACAACGAUGCACAAUUACAAGCGAUGGGGGGCGGACCUCUCUUGCAGUCUCAGACUAUCCUUCAACUGCUUGAUCGACGGCAUGACUCGAAGAAGACCUCGGAGAGACUGAUGAAAUCACUUCAAGACACAGGUUUGGCUGCUAAAUUUUUGAUUUCCAUGGCACAGCAACGACAAGCAUGUGUCUUUGAGGAAGAACAAGUGCCUCUUAAAGCAAUCGGCAACACCUACGACGAGGUCCAUCGAGUGAUGGUGCAGUAUCUUGACCUUCUGAAAACAAACCUCUCCCCAGAAGAAUUUCGAGCCACGAUUCCUGAUGUGGUGAGCCUGCUCAUUGACUACGAAAUUCGGCCUGAGAUUGCAUUCUGGAUCAGCCGGCCCUUGAUUUCCAGGCAAAUUCAGGAGUACGACAAAGAGAAUGCAAAAGACCAGCGAACCGAGGAAGUCAAAGAGGUGAAUGGUGAUGUUGAAAUGUCAGACCAGAUAAAUGCCAGCUCAGAGGAGGAUGGCGAGGCUGUUGAAACAGAAAAUCUGAUGAAUGACUCACCAGCUGCAAGCGACACAAUGGGCCCUGCGCUUGAACUUGAUGCUAGCAAGACUCCUGCACAGUCAGAUGCAACGACAGAUGAUUGUUGGCAUCCCGUAAUGAAAGAGCUUAUGACCGCCAUUCAACCUCACCUCCCCGAAGACGUUGUGGACAUUGUGGGAACUGGGUUCUACGCGACGUUCUGGCAAUUGUCGUUGUACGAUAUCACCAUCCCUGGCAAAUCGUAUGAAGACGAGCUCUCCAGACAGCAUAAGAAAAUCGCAGCGAUUUCGGCAGACCGCACCGAUGUCAGUGUUUCUGGAACAAAGAAGAAGGAGCUCGCGAAGAGAGAAAUACAGGAUCUCAUCGACAAGCUACUCGCCGAAAAUAAAGAGCAUCUAAAAGCUUUUGCAGAGAGCAAAGCUCGGCUACAGCGCGAGAAGGAGCAAUGGUUCCUCGGAAAAGCCAGGAUGGACAAGGCAUUGAACACCACGCUCAUCGAGCAUUGCUUCCUCCCCCGGAUGCUGUCUUCUCCGCUGGAUGCCUACUUCUGCUUCAAAUUUGUCAAAUUUCUGCACGGGGCCGGAACACCGAAUUUCAGAACGCUCGGGUUUUACGAUCUUUUCUUCAAGCCUGCCCGACUUAUCUCACUGAUAUUCAUGUGCACAUCAAAAGAAGCAGACAAUCUGGGAAAAUUCCUCAAUGAGGUGCUGAAAGAUCUUGCUCGUUGGCAUGCUUCUAAAACAAUAUAUGAACGGGAAGGCUGGGGUCUUAAGAAAAAUCUCCCUGGGUUUGCUAUGAAAGUUGAAGCAGGAAAAGUCGUUUCCCUGCUGGAUUUUGAGAGUUUCCAAAGAGUGCUCUACAAAUGGCAUGGGAAUCUCCACACGGCUCUUCAGAAAUGUCUGACAUCCCCAGAAUACAUGCACGUCAGGAACGCGAUUUCUGUCCUACGCGUGAUAUCAGGGGUCUAUCCCGCGGUCAAUUGGCACGGCACAGGAUUGCAGAAGGCAGUCGAUAGGCUCCGCGAUUCCGACAAAGAAGAUCUGAAAGUUUCAUCUCAAGCCCUGCUAGGUGCCUUACAUAGGCGGGAGAAGGUGUGGGUGGGGUUGGACACCUUUCGCAAAGGGCCAGAAAGGAACGGCGAGCCUGAGCGUGAUCCACCCCAACAGAAAACUUCUUCCUCACAAGAAUCUCCAGCUGCCAGCAUUAUGGCAACCAAAAAGGAAGGGAAUUCUGAAGUCAAGGAUGCUGAAAUGACGGAUGCACCAUCGAAGUCAGAAGGGAAAGAUGCUCCCGAAAAGAAAGAUGGUGAAGAACCGAGCAAGACUGCGAAGCCCCAAGCUACCAGCGGCCCCCAUACGCCAGCUUCUAGAACAAGCUCCAGACCGGGGAACACCAACGGCGCCUCGACACCGUCUCGACAAGGCACUGAGCCUCUAGCAAACGCAAAACGAGAGUCGAGGCCUCCGCGCGCAGAAACGUCCAAGCCCCAUGAACUUCCCAGGCGGCUUACCCCUCCUCCAUCACGGCCUUCUGCGAAUCUUCCGAACCGACCAGAGCUGGUGGAAUCCCGGAAUGGUCAUCGAGAAAGUCCACGCCUGUCGAGUCGCUUGGAAGUUGACGCUCCGAGACUGCCACUUGACGUGCGAACCAGUCGAGAUUCAAGACUAGGAUACCGAGGGUUGGACCGACCAGACCGACCAGACCGUUCGGAUCCUGGCUUUGACGAUUAUGAGCGACAUGCCCGGAGGUAUGAACGCCCGGAUGGCUCAGGCCAUGGCACCCGUGAGGAGCGAGGGUACGGUCGAGAGCACGACAGGAGAACUCCAUACGAUCGACCUCCUGCGCAUGAGAGAGAUCGUCCACCCGUGCGCCCUCCCCCAACAGAACGUGAGCGGGAAGGCCGUGGAGCCGCUCUAAGAUCAAGACCUCCAUCAGCUCUGGAAUCCUCUAGACCAGAACCACAACCUCCUCAGAAGAAGGACAUCGUCUCGGAGCCUCCACAGACGAUAGUUAAUCCACCGCGCACUUCGUUGAUUGGGGACAGCAAUAGUGACCGAAGAUCGCUUCCGGGUUCGACGGCGCUUGGGCAAGAGAAGUCGACACGAUCAUCACGGCCGAGUUCACCAAGAAGAGAAGAUGACCGGCGGGCGUAUCCCCGUCGCGACGCGGACGAUCGGCUCAGGCCAGAAACUGCAUCCACGCGGCAAAUCUCUUACACACCUGCUUCUCUCGAGCCAGCUGUCAAUUCUUCUCGUUCUAGUGCAGCAAGUUCGUACAAGAGAGACCCACGGGACCUCAGACAGCCCCCUGCCGUUGACUUGCAGCACGGCAGGCUGGAGCAAGAAUCGACGCAGCAACCGGCCGGCUCGCAGACCCCGGAUCGUGGUCAAGAGUCUGAUGUGCCCUCUGGGCCUCGUGGUCGGCCAACAUCAGGAGGAUCGAGGAUGAGAGCUCCUCCACUCAAUACGCAAGUGCCGCCAUCCUCGAAUACCGAUCGACCAACUCCUACUGGACCUUCGAGACGACAUGGACGGACUAGUUCCUAUGCCGAGCCCUCAUCGACGCCUUCCACUCCUGCUGCUGAUGCGGCAGGUGUUCAUCCUUCUCGCCUCAGCCAAAUCGAUUCAGCAGUCUCGGAAACCUCGCGCUCAAGUCAGGGUGCCCCACCUGCGCCACCGACUCAGCCACCAGCAGGUCCAAGAGGAAGUGCUCCUCCUGGAGCUCCGUCUGGGCCGUCACCCACAAGUAGAGGUCCGCCAUCCGGUCCACAGGCCGGAGACGGGAACAUGCGCGGGGGACGAAAUAACCGCAACCCUCUCGCCGCUGUCAACAACACCCUUGCCCAGGCUGGUACUUCGAUCCGCGGUCGAGGCAAUGCGAGACAGAGUAGUACGAACUUUGGUCCGCACAUGCCCCCUCCGCCACCACCGCCGCCACCGCCCGGUGGCCCGGCGGCUACCGGCCACAAUCAAAGUUCUAAUGGUUAUCCACCACACGAUUUGUUUGCUUCCUCGAACCCUAACGAAGUGCCGGUGGGCACCCGACCUCCGUCAUCACGCCACGACAGCAACAGGGAUCGCAGGAGUGAACUUAGCGAAGAGCGCGGACCUGAGAGGAGACCAUCACGACAUUCAAGUCGGCAUGAUGAAUUACGUGGAGAUAGAGAACAUCGGAGUGAGCGAAAUGGCCGAGAUGGAGGGGAAGAUCGAUAUGGACUCGGUGAUGUUUCGAGGCGGGAUGAGAGGCCGAGUAGGAGAGAGAAUCACCCGCCAGAGGCAGACGAUCGGCGAACUGGGUAUUCGAGAUCUGCUCCCUCAAGGGAUGACAAUCCAUCCUCGAGGAAACACGGGCGGGGUGAUGAACCGAGUAACUAUGGGGGUCCUGGCCAUGGAAGCGGCGGAGGCAGAGGAGGAUCAAGGGUUUCAAGCGAAAGCAAACGGGCGCGACGCUGA